UUCCCUUUCUAACUCUCUCUCUCCUUACCGAUUCUCAUUCCUUUUUAACGCGUUGGUGUCAAGCUUCGUUUCUCACUUCUCUCUCUCUCUCUCUCUCUCUCGCUUUUGCGCGCGCUCGCUCGCUCUCUCUUUGAUUUUACCCACAGAUCCUAUUCUCUCCAAAGGGAUCAACAGCUGAGGGUGGAAAUGGGGUUGACAUUUACGAAGCUUUUCAGCCGGCUUUUUGCCAAGAAGGAAAUGCGAAUUCUGAUGGUGGGUCUUGAUGCAGCUGGUAAGACUACAAUCCUCUACAAGCUCAAGUUGGGUGAGAUCGUCACCACUAUUCCCACUAUUGGAUUUAAUGUGGAGACUGUGGAAUACAAAAACAUCAGCUUCACUGUUUGGGAUGUUGGUGGUCAGGACAAGAUUCGUCCCUUGUGGAGGCACUACUUCCAAAACACUCAAGGUCUCAUAUUUGUGGUGGACAGCAAUGACAGAGACCGUGUUGUGGAGGCAAGGGAUGAGUUACACAGAAUGUUGAAUGAGGAUGAGCUGCGAGAUGCACUGUUGCUUGUAUUUGCUAAUAAGCAGGAUCUUCCCAAUGCAAUGAAUGCUGCUGAGAUCACUGACAAGCUUGGGCUACACUCCCUCCGUCAGCGUCGCUGGUACAUCCAGAGCACCUGUGCAACCUCUGGUGAGGGGCUUUAUGAGGGCUUGGACUGGCUAUCCAAUAAUAUUGCUAACAAGGCAUAAAGCAAACAAUGAGACAUUUUGUGGAAUGGCAAUUCUGGAUGCAGGGUGAAUAUUAUCUAGUGAUUUUGUUUUUCUUUUUGAGAGAACUGGAUUGUGUUUACAUCCCUUUUCUUUUUGGGAUGAUCUUUCUAAUUAGGACCCUGUUUACUCUUUUUUGUUUUUAUUAAUUUUUUUUUUAGCGAAGUAUCUUGUAGUGGAAUAUGGGCUGGAUAUACCAUUGAGCAUUUAUCUGCAGUUUGAUGCGAUGCUUCUAGUUGUAAUUGAAAUGUGUUUUGUGCAUCA